AUUUAAGGGACAGUAUAUGAAAUUGAAGAACCCAGGAAUCCGGGCAAAUAGCUGAGCAAUGACAGUUCUAAUUGAUGGCGUGACCACUGACCAGAGCUUGUUACUUGGAGCGGUCCAGCGGAACCGAGGGAAAAGGGACACUGGGUCACAGGUGAAGUGUACGAAAAGUGCUGAUAAAUAUUGGAAGUGUGAUGAGGAGACGGGUGAGCAGGUUUGUGUUGAUACACGACACGACCACAACUGUUCCACCUGUAUCAAAGAUCAUUACCCGGUGGAAGGAUCACCUGACUGUAAAUAUUGUACUGAGACGGACUGGUACACUUGUUCUGAUAAAGGAGAGAGAGAAUGCAAAGAUAGCUGGUACGGGGUUAUGUGCGACGAGUACUGUGUGGAAACUAAAAGAUUCUCUUGUCUGGGGACUGGUGCCAUCAGUGUAAAACCAACUUUACAGGAGAAGAGUCUUACUGCAAGUCCUGCAAAGAGGGCCACUACGGAGUGUCAUGUGACCUGGUGUGUGUGCCGCUCACUACCCUGUCUGUGUGUGAUCGAGAGACUGGUGCCCUAAAGUGUAAAGAAGACUACUUUAACCCACCCUACUGUAACACCUUCUGCAACACCUCCUGCCCUCACUACACCUGUAACACCUCCGGAGAGAAGCGAUGCGGUACAAACCGGGACAUCACCACAGGGUGUGACACUUGUGUGGAGAAUUGGUAUGGUGAGGAGUGUGGGACGUUCUGUUUCACGGAUUUAGUGACCAUGGAAUGUGAUGUGGGUGGUAGGUUGGUGUGCAAGCAGGGCUGGGCUGGUGAGGAAUGUACGGAAUGUGCUGAGGGUUGGCAUGGUAACAUGUGUGAUACUUUCUGUGUGGAUUUGGAGGACUUUAGGUGUAACAAAAAGGGGAUUUUGGUUAUGUUCGAUGAGCCAGUGACAGAUUUGCAGGAGGUAGAUGAUAUUGAUAAUAAUGAUAAUCAUGAGGACAAUGAUGUUGUGUAUGCAUCAUUUUUAAUAAUUUUUGGUUUCUUGGCCGCAUUUUUCUCGUUGCUUAUUUCUUAUCUCCUUUAUGGUAAAUUUAGAAAUAUCUUAUCUGAAAGGCAAGAAUGUAAGUGAUAAGUACAUUCUACAUUCAUCCAAAGUGUUGGUCUUGACUUAAGUAUUACAUUUCAUAUUUUGGGAAGGGAUUUAUUAUUUCGGAUUCUAGAUUUUUCUAGAUUCUUCUCCAGAUAUUGCAGACUUCAGAAACAUGACAUCAUUGCGACUUUUAGAUUAGUGGUUAAACCCUGAUUACCGAUUUACUGCGCCCAAUAUGUACUUUCAGGGAACCGGGGUGAUUAACCGGGAGUUUUUACUGAUACCACUUUAGUUUAUUUGCUUAUUGUAAUAAACGAUUUUCGAAUAUUUGUAGUAAACGAUUUUCGAUUAACUGAGCAAUUAAGUUUAAAUUUGCUCCCGCUAAAUUGGUUUAUUAAUGUAAAAAGAAUUAUAAUAAGAACAAACAAGAACAUGUUCAAUUUAUUUUAUUUUAAUCAUAC